AUGGACCUGCAAGCUGCAGGAGAAGAGCCCGUGAAGGGUACCACACCACCAGAUCUCUUGAUGUCACCUGAACUGCAACUCCGACUCGACAACUGGCGACUGACGGGCGAGUCCCCCUUGCAGCAGCUUCAAGUUUCUGACAGGAUAUAUUGGACACGAUUUUCAACCAUUGAUCUACGUCUUGUUCACCACAUUACGACACUAUCAACUGACAUGUACAAUCUGGGAUAUAGCCCUUGCACGGUCUGGGUGUCUAGAAUGCCUUCGCUCAUUUCGGCCGCUCUAACACAUGACUUCGUGAUGAGUGCGUUGCUUGCUCUGUCGGCAUCUCAUCUAGCAUGGCAGACGAAGAACACAGACACAGUCAAUCUGGCGUACCACCACCGAGGUGUCGCUAUCAAAGGUCUCCAUCAAGCCAUUGGGGCCUUUUCGAGAGAGAAUUCCGAAGCUAUUCUCGCUGCCUCAAUUCUCCUCUCGUGGCAGGCUACGGAUUGUUACCAGGCGCGGCUGGGCCUCACUCCAACAGGGAGUAUCGACGGUUCUGAGCGCGAUGAGGAUGUGGAUACAUGA